GGGGCGGGCGGGCCGCUGCAGGUUAGACACACAUACUUUUAGCAAAACAGCCUUGGGCCUAGUGGAUCGGCCGGGUCCCGGGGAAUGCGGCCCCACCGAGCUUGGGGUCGCCCGAGUGUGGCCGGCUCCCACUGGGGCGAGGCUGAGCCCCCAGGUGUGGCAGCUGUGUCUCGGGGGCGGAGAAGGUCGAACACUGAGGUGUCUGAGUGUCGCCCCGAGAAAGGUGUGCGGUUGUGUGUUUUGGGGUGCCAGGGAUGAGAGGCGGCCUCCAUCCUACAGUGGCGCUCCCUCGGUGUGCCUGCCAAACCCCUGUCCAGUGGGCCGGGGUACCCCAGGCCCCACCAGGCUCGGCACGGAUAGGGCCAGGCAACCUGACAGCCGGGCUUGCUGAUGCAACCCCGGAAGAACCUCUCCAGGGUGUCUCUGCUUCACUGGGCACAAAGCGUCUACGCAGCCUGGGAUCAUCUUGCUUGACUGAGAAACUUGAUGCGAGCCUCCCCUCUGGCAGCUCCUAUGAGUGCUCCCUCCAGGAAGAAGCAGUUAAAGUUGGACGAUGACCUAGACACUGAGUGUCCCACCCGGAAACAAGCUCAAAGUGGACCCCGGCCCAAGCUGCCCCCCUGCCCACUGCCGCUGAGACCACCUCCUGCUGCGAGCCGUGCCCCUGCUGUGGCCACUGCCUCCCGGAUUGGGCCUUAUGUCCUCCAGGGGCCUGAGGAGGGCGGCCGGGUCUACCGGGCCCUGCACUGCCCCACGGCCACCGAAUACACCUGCCAGGUGUACCCGGUCGGCGAAGCCCUGGUGGUGCUGGAGCCCUACUCGCGGCUGCCCCCGCACAGGCACGUGGCGCAGCCGGCGGAGGUGCUGGCGGACGCACACCACCUUUACACCUUUUUCCCGCGGCGCCAUGGGGACCUGCACAGCCUGGUGCGCCGCGGCCGCCUGCCCGAGGCCCAGGCCGCUGGCCUCUUCCGCCAGAUGGCCGCAGCCGUGGCCCACUGUCACCAGCACGGUCUAGUCCUGCGAGACCUCAAGCUGCGUCGCUUUGUCUUCACUGACCGUGAGAGGACGAAGCUUGUGCUGGAGAACCUGGAGGACGCCUGUGUGCUGACCGGGCCAGACGACUCCCUGUGGGACAAGCAGGCAUGCCCGGCCUACGUGGGUCCCGAGAUCCUCAGCUCGCGGGCAUCGUACUCAGGCAAGGCGGCGGAUGUCUGGAGCCUGGGCGUGGCGCUCUUCACCAUGCUGGCUGGCCACUACCCCUUCCAGGACUCAGAGCCUGUGCUGCUCUUCAGCAAGAUCCGUCGGGGGACCUACGCCCUGCCUCAGGGCCUCUCGGCCCGGGCCCGCUGCCUGGUCCACUGCCUCCUUCGACGGGAGCCAGCUGAGAGGCUCACAGCCUGGGGCAUCCUGCUGCACCCCUGGCUGCAAGAGAACCCAACCCCCUCAGUCCCGAGCCAAGCCCACCGCUGGGAGGCUGACCAGGUGGUCCCUGAAGGGCGAGGGCUGGAGGAAGGGGAGGAGGAGGAGGGAGAAAGGGAAGUGGGCCUGUAUGGCUAGGGCCACCCUGCCGGCCUCUCAGCUGUGGGCUGAGUUCGGGGCGUCCCCAAGCUCUCUCCUACCUCUUCGAACUGAGACACAACCAAAGUGCCUUCUAAGAGGGAGAAAAGAGGUGUGUGUGGAAUGUGCUGUAUGCACACACAUGCGGUUUACACACCUGUGCACACGGGCUCAUGCACUUGACAGGUCUGUCUUGGGAGCGCUGUUGUAGGUGCUGGAGAACACAGCUGUGACCAGAGACAAACCCCCGCUCAUGGAGCUGACAGUACUUUUCCAUACCCACAGGCCAUUGUCUUGUGUUGACUGGGAACACUUAGUGCAGGUGACGACACCCAUUCGUGCUGGCACCGGCGCCUCUGUCACGAGACAGGUCUUCUCACAAACAACUCAGCUGCCUUUGUGCCUUGUACCUUUCAGAGGAAGGGAAGCAUUGUGUGCCAAAGGCUCCAGGCCUCCCCCUUGUGACUUAGAGCUCCGGAGCCCCGGCCAUGCUAGGAAUUCUGUGCCAGCAGCUGGUCACAGGAGCCUCUGUCCAGGCCUGAGCCAAGGAUUUGGGCUGGAAGAUCGAGAGUGCGGAUUGUGAGGCGGGUCCUCAUCUGACUCGAGGAGUGGUUUGGAACGAGGGUCCAGGCCUGUCUGCUGCAGCAGCCCCUGACCUGAGCAGGGGGACAGGUUUAGGUGGCGUCUGCCUCCUAGCCCUCUGGAAAGUGCUAAACCCAGUUCUGGGGACACUUGGGGUCCAGGACCCCACAUUAGUACUAUAGGUUUUGUAUACCAUGAGGAUAUAUUUUUACUUUGUGCCUAAUAAAGGAGUUACGAAAUA